AUAUUGAAAGGCUCAGCCGCACCCACAUGUCUUAGGGACCCAACAGGAGAAAGAGGCUUGCGUUGUAAAGCCCCGCCUACUCGAGUUCCUCUUUGAAAGUACCCGCGUUCCCUCUCGGCAGUGAGUGAGUUUGACUGGGCUGUGGUCCAAUCAAGAUGGCGGAAAAAUCAGGGCUUUUCCAUUCGGAGGAUCCUAAGGUGUGGCAGAGAACGUCCGACCUUUACUGGGAUGUAAUUGAGGCCAAAGGCACCAAGAAAAAGAAACUCAUAUCAUUGGAUAAAUGGUACCAGGAGCAACUGCCACCCUGCAUAGCUGCCCGUCCUCAGAAACACUUAACCCGGGAAGAGCUGGUGAAGCUGAUGGAGUGGAAGCUGACUAGGGGAAAGUUCCGCCCCCGCUUGCAGCAGCUGGUGGCAUCCAAUCCUGAUGGGGCUGUGGAGACCUGCACUGGUAAAGCUUUUGAACUCCUGCCUGACGUUUCUGCUGCAAUCAAUGAGCUGUGCCAGCUGAAGGGCAUCGGUCCUGCUACGGCUUCUGCGGUGCUGGCAGCAGGGGCCCCAGAGCUGACUGCUUUUAUGGCAGAUGAAGCAGUAGAGAGUAUCCCUGGACUGACACCGGUGCAGUAUACACUCAAGCAUUACCUGCGAUACUUAGAGGAGUUACAAAGAAAAGCAGCAGCACUGAGCCAAGCAUCCAGUGAUAAAUGGACACCUCACCGAGUUGAACUGUGUCUGUGGACCUGGGAGGUUGCACAGAAGCUCUGUCCCAAUCUCUUGGUGUCUCUGGAAAGUGGGGAAGUUGAGGGGAGGCCCAAAAAAAAAUUGAAGACAAAGUGAUGGCAUGUGGCAACCUAUGUUCUUAAAUAUCUUACCCAAAUAUUUUCUUGCCUUCAGACUGGGCCCUGUAGCCAGUUCUAUCAUUCACCUGUACUUCAUGCGGCUGCUCUUGUUCAUCUUUCCAUGAUUUCUCGAAAGGAAUAUUCAUUCAGUUUAAAAGCUGGGUGUAGUUGCCAUUCAUUUUCAUUUACUAACUAGUACUAAGGAUACACCAAGUCCAUUAUUUUGGAUCUAUCAUGAAGAAUU